UCUGCUGGAUAUAUAAAACGAACAUCUCUGUUUUUGGCAUUUACCUAUAUGAAGACUGAGCUGAAUCAAUUUCUGGACAGAGGAGAGUGAAUAUGACUGGUAGCAACAGUAAACACUGGGUUCUCCUGGCAGCGGGUUCUAAAGGUUGGGAAGACUAUGGACACCAGGCCAACGUGUGUCACGCUUACCAGAUAGUACACAGGAAUGGGAUUCCAGAUGAGCAGAUUGUGGUGAUGAUGCAUGAUGAUAUCGCUCAGAAUAAUAAAAAUCCUGUUCCUGGCACCAUAAUCAACGUCCCAAAUGGUCCUAAUGUUUACACUGGGGUUCCAAAGGACUACACUGGAGAGGAGGUAUCAGCUAAAAACUUUCUGGCUGCACUGUGUGGAGAUUCAACUGCUGGAAAAAAAGUAAUACGAAGUGAUGAAAAUGACACUAUAUUCGUCUACUUAUCAAGCCAUGGAAGUCAUGGGCACUUCAGUUUUCCUUAUUCCACGCUUAAUGCAGACGACCUUGUUAAAACUGUGAAGGAAAUGUCAAGGAAGCGCAAGUUUUUAAAGAUGGUCAUUUAUGUGGGAGCUUGUCAUUCUGGAUCAAUGCUGGAGAAACUGUCAGAGGAACGUAACGUGUACGCAGUUUCGUCAUGCAAGCCAGAUGAAGUUUCCUAUGGUCAUUAUUAUGACAAGAAAAGAGAUACCUGUCUUUCUGAUGUCUUCUCUGCACACUGGCUCUACAAUUUAGAAAAUGUGAAUCUUAGCACAAAUUCAUUUGGAGAUCAGUUUUCCUACUUGAAGAAAAAUGCCAGUGUGACUAAGAAAAUGGACAAGAAUCAGACACCAUGUAACUAUGGGGACAUGCGGAUUCUCCAGUUAAAGCUGAGUGAAUUCCUUGGACGAUCUCCUCCCUCAAUCCUAGAGACCUAUUCCUCCUUCUUGCUCAAAUUCUUUGAUGUGUUCGGAAUUACGACUGUUUCACCAAUAGUUCAAGAAAACAGGAGUGAAAAUGAACAGAACCUGGAAAAACACACCCUGGAAAGACAACACGAUGAAAGUAAGAAGGAUGAAAUGGAGUUUGCAGUGAAGAGGAUUGCUGAGAAGAAACACACUUCACACACUGUGACUGAAAGCUGACUUGCAAGAAUAACACACUACACCAUCGCUUUCAGGACGACGGGGAAGAAGAUCAGAUGUUAAUGAAACUGUCUACGGGGUGCAUGUUAAGAGCAUGAAGGAAGCCAUCCAUCAUUCAAUUUUAAAGAAAAAGAAUUAUUUUUUUGUAGCAAAAUGUUUUAUAUAAAUGUUUUUUUAAAGUAUUAUUUUUGUACUUAUGAAUGAAAAUCCAUUUGUUAUGGAAAAUCAGUAUUAUCUGGAUGUACUUUUAAUUAGGUACAAUUAAAUUACCGUUCUAAAAAAUUUACAAUUUACACAGAGAAAAUCUGUAAAGUGCAGAGGAACUGAGGGAGAAACAAUGGACCAAGUGUGUGUGACUGAAGUUAUAGCUACAAAGAAGAAGGUUGGAACAUAUGGUUUAACUGAAAACUGCCUGAACAGCAUGAACUGAAAGAUAAAAUGCAUCAGAGCAGGAAGAUCACAGCAGCAAGGUGAAUUUGUUGGAGGAUAACAAACAGCAGCCAGUGAAGAAGUGAUCACCCACCACACACGAGCUUCCUGUAUGACCGAACUUUGUAUGAGUGUUUCUGAAGUGUUCGCACAUUUUUUCUCUGUGCAUUAAAAAUAAUCAGAUUUACUGUUGUCAUA